AUGAUCCGCCCCUUCCUGCAGAUCGUAACCCUGGGCCUGAUUCCGGGCCUGGCAACCGCAGACCCAACCACCAGCACCCUCUACGCAACGCACUACAACACCUCAUCGAUCUACACAUUGUCGCUGACGCGUUUCAACGGCAGCUAUAGUCUUACCGAGACCGCCUCGCUGAAGACCUGCGGCACGUACCCGUCCUGGAUCACGCUCGAUUCUUCCACGAAGACACUGUACUGCUCUGAUGAGGACGGUUACCGCAAUGCCGAUGAGUCGGUGAAUGGGUCGUUGACGGCGCUCAGUGUGGGUGAGGAUGGAAGCUUGAGCGAGAAGGCUGUUACGGGGAAUGCGCCGGGGAGUGGGGUGCAUAAUGUUGUUUACGAGGAUGAGGAGGGAGAGAAGUAUCUUGCUAUUGCGCAUUACUCCGGCGCCGCAUUAUCGACCUUCGCCCUUCCCCUACAAGACGAUGCCGACCCACUGCAGGUGCUUGAGUUCGAGCUCGAGGCGCCCGGCACAGUCCCCGAGCGCCAGGAAGCGCCGCACCCACAUCAAACCUUCCUUGACCCGACCGGAUCCUUCGUGCUAGUCCCCGACCUCGGCGCAGACCUGAUCCGCGUGUUUGCGAUUGACAAAUCCAACGGCGAGCUAAGCACUUGUCCCAGCCUGAACUACACGCUCGGGGGCGGUCCUCGACACGGCGUGUUCCGGACUUUCUCGGAAGAGCCUCGAAUUCGAGGACGCGCUCCUGGUCCCGAGCCAGUUCUGUAUGUGGCUGGCGAGCUCAACGGUGAGGUUGAGGCCUUUGUCGUCUCGUACCCUAACAGCGGGUGCCUCUCUUUCACGCAGUUCAAUACCAAUGUCCCCUAUCCUUCGGGUCUGCCUGAGGGCGCGUCGCUGGGAGAAAUCAGACUAGCCGACGACGAUCUGUACGUCUCUGUGCGCCAGGACUCUGCGUUUGACGGGGACGACUCGCUCGCUCGGCUGAGUCUGGGCAAGGAUGGGAAGGUCGAAUUUGAGGAGAUUAGUACAUCGGGCGGUGUGAUGCCGCGGACGUUUGCGAUUAACAAGGCUGGGGAUUUGGUGGCCGUCGGAAACCAGCUUUCUUCGACUGUAGCCAUUGUGGAGAGAGACCUCGACACGGGAGUCCUUGGUGAAGUUGUUGCCGAAUUGCUUGUUGGUGUGCCUGGAGAUGACAACAUGGAGGGUCCCCCCAUGUAUGGUUUGAGCAGCAUUAUCUGGAGUGAGUGA